AAUUUUUGAGUGAAAUUAAGUUUUUUUUUGUGACAAAAGUGGUGGGUUUUAUACCCACAAUUACAGCUUCACAAUAUUCGGGGACGGACAUAAAAUUGGCGGUGCGCAUAGCCGCGGGAUGUUUUGUUACCAUUGUCCGCCGGCAUUGCAUGCGGGUGCUGCACAUCAGCCUCGAUUACCACAGCUAGAUUAUCCGUUUACUCCAACACAUCCUUAUACCAGUUAUUCAUAUCAUCCUGCAAUCCACGAUGAUACUUUCGUAAGAAGAAAACAGCGUCGAAAUCGAACCACAUUCACCUUACAGCAGUUGGAGGAAUUAGAAAGUGCAUUUGCUCAAACGCAUUAUCCAGAUGUAUUUACUCGGGAAGAUUUGGCCAUGAAAAUUAACUUGACUGAAGCUCGUGUACAAGUUUGGUUUCAAAAUCGUAGAGCAAAGUGGAGGAAAGCUGAGCGACUAAAAGAUGAACAAAGAAAACGCGAGGGACAAGAUAUUGGAAAACGGGAGAGUAUUGAUGGGAAAGAAGAAAAGAUGGAUGACAUUGAACAACGCAGUAUAUCCCCAUCAAUAUCAGCAAUCGAUGAAGAUGUCGAUGAAACGGCACCAGGUAGUGUUGGUCAAAUAAUGGUUCACACGCGUGACGGUUCUGUUAGUCCAUCAUGUAGUGAUGUAAAUCGUGAUUCGCCUGAACCAUCCUCUGAACAAACGGAACCAUUAUUAUCAUCACGUAGUGUAAAUGAUUCACCACAUAGUGAAGCUGGUUCAUCGAAUUCACCACGUUUAAUGUCAUCAUCAUCACAUAAUGUAAAUAACAAUGGUAACAAUAACGAACGGAUUGGUUCAUCGCAUAGUUCAAUAACGAAUAAUUUAGAUAAUCAGACUACGAUAUCAGGACAAUCAACAAAUACAUCCUCGUCUCAGCAAGCAGACCCACCUACAUCAUCCGCAUCAAACACGUUACGUCCACCUGUUAGUUUGGCCGGAGUACCAGGUUUUGGUUCACAUAUGUUCACAAGUUUUGCUGAAAGUGCCGCUGGUUUUCGACCUUUAGAUGGAACAAAUGCAACGAGAAACACACCACCAUUAUUUUUUCCAUCACAUUUGGCAUCACACCUAUCAUCACAAUUUUCACCACCCCUAUUUCCAGCGUUAAAAGCAUUCCCUGGUUUAUGUUCGUGUUGUCCAAUAAAACCAUUAUCCAGUUUAGGACAAACAUUAUUACCGUUAUCAAAUACCAGCGAUAGUUCUAGUCCAACAUCAUUAGUAACCAACGAUCAACGUUCAUCAAGUGUAGCUGAAUUACGUCGCAAAGCCCAAGAACAUUCUGCUGCAUUAUUACAAAGUUUACAGCAUGUGGCAAACUUUCAACAACAAGCUGCUGCAGCUGGUUUAACUAGUGGUCUUAAUUUCCCAUUGCUCCCACCAUUAACGUUGCAAGCAUUACAACAGCAACAACAGCAACAUCAUCAGCAACAGCAGCAGCAACAACAGCAACAACAGCAACAAAAUCGAUCAUCAUCGCAUAAAACUGUUGAUAUUUUACAGCAUGUGCCGUCCGCUUCAUCGCCAAAUAAUAUGUCUACAACAAGUAGCAAAGAUGGACAAAAUUAA